AUGAAGGAAGAGGUAAAGGGAAUUCCUGUAAGGGUGGCAUUGCGGUGCCGUCCUCUGGUCCCAAAAGAGAUUGGCGAAGGUUGUCAGGUGUGCCUUUCCUUCGUGCCUGGGAAGCCUCAGGUGGUGAUUGGUACUGAUAAAUCCUUUACCUACGAUUUUGUGUUUGACCCCUCCACUGAACAGGAAGAGGUCUUUAACACAGCAGUAGCACCACUCAUUAAAGGGAUAUUUAAAGGUUACAAUGCCACUGUCCUGGCUUAUGGACAAACUGGCUCUGGAAAAACCUACUCCAUGGGAGGUGCAUAUAGUGCAGAUCAAGAGAAUGAACCAACCAUCGGGGUCAUUCCUAGGGUAAUACAACUUCUUUUCAAAGAAAUGGAAGAAAGGAGAGAUUCCGAGUUUACACUGAGCGUGUCUUACUUGGAGAUUUACAAUGAAGAAAUUUUGGAUCUUCUAUGCUCACCUUGUGAGAGAGCUUCUCACAUACAUAUCCGGGAAGAUCCCAAGGCAGGAAUAAAGACUGUGGGACUCACUGAGAAGAUGGUUUCACUUGCUUCUGACAUGGUUUCCUGUUUGGAGCAGGGAAACAAUGCCAGGACUGUAGCUGCCACAGCUAUGAAUUCGCAGUCUUCCCGAUCUCAUGCCAUCUUCACAGUUUCCAUAAGGCAAAGGAAGAAAACGGACAAGAACAGCAGUUUUUGCUCUAAGUUGUGUCUGGUAGAUCUUGCUGGAUCAGAAAGGCAGAAGAAAACCAAGACUGAAGGGGAUCGAUUGAGAGAAGGCAUUAAUAUUAACCGAGGACUUCUGUGCUUGGGAAAUGUAAUCAGUGCUCUUGGAGAUGGCAAAAAGGGCAGCUUUGUGCCCUACAGAGAUUCCAAAUUAACUCGCUUGCUUCAAGAUUCUCUGGGAGGCAAUAGUCACACACUCAUGAUUGCCUGUGUGAGUCCUGCUGACUCUAGUCUAGAGGAAACAUUGAAUACCCUACGUUAUGCUGACAGAGCUAGAAAAAUCAAGAACAAACCUGUUAUUAAUACGGAUCCCCAGACAGUUGAACUUAAUCAUCUUAAGCAUCAGGUACAACAACUACGAGUCUUAUUGCUUCAGGCCAAUGGAGGUAGCCUGCCUGGAUCUAUAAAAGCAGAAUCAUCAGAGAGUCUCCAGUCUCUGAUGGAGAGGAAUCAGUCCCUGGGUGAGGAGAAUGAGAAGUUAAGUCAUGCUCUGAGCGAGGCAGCUGGUCAGACAGCUCAGAUGUUGGAAAGGAUCAUUGUGACAGAACAAGCAAACGAAAAACUGACCACCAAGCUACGAGAGCUCCGGCAUCAUGUAUCCUGCAAAGUGGAUCUCCAAAAUCUAAUGGAGACUUUGGAAGACCAGGAAUUAAUAGAAAAAGUAGAGAUAAUUCGCAGUCUGCAACAAAUGGUUAUUGGUCUAUCAGAUGAAAAUGUUAUGGCCACUGAAUUGGCAAUGGAAGCUCAAGUGGCUAUCAGUCCAGAGAGUAGGAGGUCUUCUGAUGCUCUCACCACACAGCAUGCUCUACGUCAAGCUCAGAUGUCUAAGGAACUCAUUGAGUUGAAUAAAGCUCUUGCAGUGAAAGAGGCCCUAGCUAGGAAGAUAACUUUCGGUGGUGGCCAACUACAGCCCAUUCACUGCGAGUAUGAGGCUAACAUCAAAAGUCUAGAAUCAGAAGUCACCAGUCUACAGAAGGAAAAGGAACAAUUGCUUCUGGAUCUUCAGUCGGCCAAGAAGGAUGUCAACCAAGCCAAGUUGAGCGAGCACCGCCGCAAAUGUCUCCAAGAGCUGGAAGCUCAAAUAGCUGAUUUGAAGAGGAAACUAAACGAACAGUCCAAGCUUCUGAAACUGAAAGAAUCCACUGAGAAUACGGUCUCCAAACUGACUCUGGAGAUACAGAUGAUGAAAACCCAGAGAGUCCAGUUAAUGCGUCAGAUGAAGGAAGAUGCUGAGAAGUCUAGACAGUGGAAACAACAAAAAGACAAGGAAGUAAUCCAGUUAAGAGAACAAGACCGUAAAAGGAGGUAUGAGCUAGUUAAACUUGAAAGAGACUUCCAGAAACAGUCCAACGUGCUCAGGCGUAAAACUGAAGAGGCGGCAGCUGCAAACAAGCGCCUCAGGGAUGCCCUCCAGAAGCAACGGGAAGUGGCAGACAAGAGGAAAGCGACUCAGAACCGGGGACGAGAAGGCACAGAAACACAAAUGAAGAGCUGGCUUAGCAAUGACAUUGAAGUUAUGGUCAGUACUGAAGAAGUCAAACGCCACCUGAAAGACCUUCUGGAAGAGCGGAAGAUGCUAGUCCUGGAUGUGGCUCAACUUAAAGAAAACAAGGAACCUGGGGGAAACCCACCUCCUAAGCUCCAGAAGUGGGCAUUUGCUAGUGAUGAAGUAUGUGGUCACAUUUCAGAGCCUGGGGAUUCUAUUACAAAGCAGAUUAAGAGCCUAGAGGCUGAAGUGGAACUCAGGAGUGCUCAGAUUGCUGACCUACAGCAAAAGCUCCUGGAUGCAGAAAGUGAAGACAGGCCAAACCGACACUGGGAAAAUAUUGCCACUGUUCUCCAAGCCAAAUGUGCUCUAAAGUAUUUAGUUGGAGAGGUGGUCUCCUCCAAACUUCGGGUCAGUGAGCUUGACAGCAACCUGAAACAGUGCCAGGCCAGCCAUUCUAAAAUGCAGAAGAUGCUGUUUGAGAAGCAAAGUCAUCUUGUUGAGGUAGAGACAGAGUUGAAAGCUGAGCUCCUCAAGAUGGAGCAAGAGCACCAAGAGAAGGUGCUCUACCUUCUCAGUCAGCUGCAGCAAAGCCAGAUGGCAGGGAAGCAGCUGGAGGUGUCAGUCAGUGGAAAGGACCAGCAGCCGCUGAGCACACUGCAGUGUCAGGAGCAUCAGUUUAGGAAAAUGCAAGAAUUAUGUGAGCAAAACCAGCAGCUUCUCCAAGAGAACGAAGCCAUCAGGCAGAAACUGAGCCUCCUUCAAGGAGCCAAAGACCAGAAAUCUCAUCUUCCCAAGGAUGACCUUCAAUCUCCAGAUUCUACCUUUGAGUACAUUCCACCUCCACCCAAAGCAUCCCAUGUUAGAGGCAGGUUCCUGGAUCAAAGCAUGGACAUUGAUGAUUUAAAGUAUCAGUCAGAACAUUCCAUGAGUGAAUCUGAAGAUAGUGAUGGAAAUGACAAGGAGUGGAAACCAAGGAAACUGACUAAAGUGUCCAGGAAGACUCUCCAAGGGUGUUCCUGCAAGGGGUGGUGUAGGAACAAACAUUGUGGGUGUAGGAAGCAAGGGGUGGACUGCUGUGUGGCCUGUGGCUGUGACCCCACAAAGUGCCAGAACCGCCAGCAAGAGGAACAGGAGAGCUUGGGUACUGUUGAGUGUGACCAGGAUUCUGAAGGCUCCUUCAAACUGGAUGAUCCUACAGAGGUGACCCCAGGACUGAGCUUCUUCAACCCUGUCUGUGCCACUCCCAAUACAAAGCUCCUUAAAGAGAUGUGUGAUAUGGAUCAGGCUCUGUUGAGGAAGGCUGAUCUUGCAGUUUCCUUAGGCCUCCCAGACAUGAAAAACAGAGCAACAGAAUCCCAAGAAAAUAAGGUCACAGGGAAGAAAAAGAAACGAAUUCUGGCCUGCAAUAGCACCUUCUUCUCUGGCUGCUCUCCGCCCAAAGAAGAGAUCUGCUGA